AUGGAGCUGUGGCAGCAGCUGAAGCAGGCAGGACUAGUGCCCCAGGGCCUGGGCCCACCCCCCAGGGCCCUGACCGGAGUCCCCCCAGAGGGGAGAGAUGACCAGGCUGUCGUGUCCCCAGGGGCAGACACCGGCAGUGCCAGGGAGAGCCUGCUGUGGAUCUGGGAGGAGCUGGGGAACCUCCGCCGCGUGGAUGUCCAGCUGCUGGGCCAGCUGUGCAGCCUGGGACUGGAGAUGGGGCAGCUGCGGGAGGAGCUGCUGGACUUCCUGGAAGAGGAGGACGAGUUCGCGGAGCGCGCGGAGGGAGAGCAGGGCGACGCGCCGGAGGAGGACGAAGGACGCUGGGGGGCCGCCUGCCCGGGGCCCGGCCACCGGCCCCCUGACUUUGAGAUGACCAUCUAG